GGACAUUUAUGUAGUUACACUGACAUCCUUGUGAAGUGGAGCUUGAGCUUGUUUAGUAUAUUUGCGAAGUCUUAUUUUACCUGUCAUAAGGCGUAUGCUUCAAAUCUUGUUAAUUCUAAAAUUUUAUAGGUGCUUGGAUUUCAACAAAAUGGAUGAAGAGCCGGAGAUUGCCAAGAGGUGGGAAGGGGGUUACGAGCGGACCUGGGAGGUGCUUAAAGAGGAUGAGUCUGGAUCUCUGAAGGCCACAGUAGAAGACAUUCUUUUCCAGAGCAAAAGGAAAAGGGUCAUCGAGAGCCAUGGGCAGGUUCGACUGGGGAUGAUGCGGCACCUGUUUGUUGUGGUUGACACCUCCCGAACCAUGGAUGACCAUGACUUAAAGCCUAACCGCCUGACCUCUACCCUGAAGCUUCUGGAGUUUUUUGUGGACGAGUACUUUGACCAGAACCCAAUCAGUCAGAUAGGAAUUAUAACCACCAAAAACAAGAGGGCGGAGAAACUGACUGACCUUUCUGGGAACUCCAAGAAACAUAUCACUGCCCUAAAGAAAGCGGUGGACACUACAUGUAUUGGAGAGCCUUCCCUCUACAACUCCAUUAACCUUGCUAUGCAGACUCUGAAGCACAUGCCGGGACAUACCAGUAGAGAGAUUCUGAUCGUCCUCAGCAGCCUAACAACAUGUGACCCUGCAAACAUUUAUGAACUCGUAAAGACUCUGCAAGGCCUGAAAAUCCGUGUGUCUGUGAUAGGCCUGUCUGCAGAGGUGCGAGUGUGCACCGUCCUCACACGAGACACUGGGGGUUCCUACAAUGUCAUCCUGGAUGAAUGCCAUUUCCGUGAGUUGUUGAUGUUGCAUGUGAAGCCUCCCCCGGCCAGCACCUCGUCUGAGUGCUCCCUCAUCCGCAUGGGUUUCCCACAACACAUCAUUGCUUCCAUGUCAGAACAAGAUGCCAAGCCAUCCUUCAGCAUGGCGCACUUGGAUAGCACUGGUGGUCCUGGACUGGGUUUUGGAGGAUACUACUGCCCCCAAUGCAGAGCCAAGUACACAGAAUUACCUGUGGAGUGUAAGGUUUGUGGUCUGACGCUGGUGUCUGCUCCUCACCUGGCACGAUCCUUCCACCAUCUCUUCCCCCUGGAUGCCUUCCAGGAGAGUCCCCUGGAAGAACUUACAGGAGAGAGGUUUUGCCAAGGCUGUCAAGGUCAACUGAAAGACCAAAGUGUGUUCACCUGCCCUGUGUGUCGGACUGUAUUCUGUGUGGAAUGUGACCUCUUCAUCCACGACACCCUGCACUGCUGUCCCAGCUGCAUCCACAGCCAAGGAAUGUCUUGACGACUGCCCAACUUGCUUUCGGACGUGUAUUUUACGGACUCCUAACCUAGGUGCAACUGGACACGUAGAGCUCGCCCCCAACCUUAAUGAACUCAACUGAGCAACCCCAAGAGACAUGUAGCCAGAAUCUCAGAAGUGGUGCUGUGCUGGUGAACAUGAGGUGCACUUCUACGAGCAAGACAUUUCCCUCUCAGCUCAUUCUUCUGCUCUGUUAUUCGUUCCUCCAUUUUGACUCCAAGGUAAAAAAAAAAAAAAUGGAGGCUCAGAACAGCCAUGUAAGGAAGCAGAUGAAAUGAUGCAGCCAUGGCUCCCUCUAAUGGGGAUGAAAGGCUAUACAGUGACCAAAAGGACCAAGUUGUGUAUCGUCAAUACGUCAAUAAAUCUUUGUUAGUGGAAUGUA